ACUCUCUCUCCCACAAAAAUUCCACAUAGCAUUCACUAAGAGAAAUUCCUAUUUCGACAUUUUCCAUAAGCCUGUCUUUUUGUACUCUUUUCGAAUUUAACUAUGGAUAUUUUGCCGGAAACUUGUCGGUAUCGAAGCGUGUGGAACUAGGAAAGCUUCAAAGUCGUGGCAGGGAUAAAUCUUUGUAUCUACAUGUUUUUUGAGAAUCGAAUGGAAAGUAUCAAAUGUUUUUGCAAUAUAUAGAGUUUAAUUGUUUGUCAAACUAUCUGACAAAAAUUGAACAAAUCGGAUCAUGGGGAAAGAUGCUCAAGCUGUACCCUGGUGGAACAGCAAACGAAUGCGUCUCGAUGAUGGAUGUAAUAAUAACUUAAACAGUACCCUCAAUAGUGCUUCAAAAAAUGGUGCAAGAUGGACUUGUUCAGGUGACACAAGUCUCGUAGAACCAGAAAUUCUGGAGGAUAUGGGAGUGAGUAUGCUCGACGAUGAAGAUGCAAGUCGAGAAAGUAUGAAAAAAUUACAAUCGCAAGAAGAUGUUAUAUCACUGUCCAGCUCUGAAAAUAGCAGGCAGUUGGCUGAAUCAGAAGUGAGAAUACAGAAUACAGAAGUGCAGAGACAGGAUAAAAGGUUUCGCACAUCUACCUUUGAUACUGCUACUUUGCCAAGGUUGGAACACGAGACUUUUGAAAUGGAAGACCCAGCGAUAUAUGCGACAAUGGAAAACGGAUCAGGCUAUUCGUCACGAGUGGAAUCUGAAACUUUUCAGGAUGGAAAGCAAAGCUUUACAAAAGACGAGUCUGUUGUGAUAUCCGAUAAAAGUGAAGUCGAUCAGUUUUACCUGUACAGGCGAAAGAAACGGUCGUCAAUCUCAGGAGAGGAUAUAUUCAACAAAUUGUCGGAUGAAAUGAUUUUGUCCAUACUCAAAUGGCUUCCGAAGAAAUGUUUGGUUCGCUCGAUGCUAGUUUGUAAAAGAUGGUGUCAAAUAGCUCGCGACGAAGCUCUUUGGAGUCGUUUAGAUCUGGGUGGAAAAGUACUUGUCAAAGGGACGCUGGAACACAUUUUACCUCGAGGGGUACAAAUUCUUCGGCUAGCCCAAGCUGAAAUAGCAGAUCCAAUAUUUCACAAAAAUUCAGAAGUUAUCACUGACGAUUACGUCAGUAAACUUCAGUACCUUGAUCUCUCUAUGGCAGUUAUGUCUCCCGACGGGUUAGCGACUUUACUGUCAUGUUGUAGGCACUUGAAAAAAUUAUCCCUCGAGAAUUGUACGCUUAACAGAUCUUGCUGCAAAGCUAUCAGCCGAAACACCGAUCUCACUGUGCUCAACUUAACAAUGUGCGACGGAAUUGACGUUGAAGGUGUCGACGACCUUAUGAAGUUAACGAGAUUAAAUUCACUUAAUAUGGCGUGGUGCUCGCUAGAUUCAGCGGCAAUGUCGUUAUUAUGCGAUUUCAUACCAUCGUCGGUAACUCGCUUAAAUAUAGCAGGGUGCAGGAAAACUAUAAGUGAUGAUGAUGUGAAGGCUCUCGUGAGUUCCUGCCCUUCCAUCGUCGAAUUGGAUCUUAGUGAUUGUACACUGUUAACAAUGUUCAGCAUAAACAGUCUUUUAACUCUCACAAAAUUAGAGCACUUAUCGCUUAGUCGCUGUUACAGCAUACCAUCUGCAGCUUAUCUGAGAUUAUCAUACAUGCCCUCGCUUAUGUAUCUCGAUGUUUUUGGUCUCAUGGCAGAACCGAUAUUGAACUCGGUUCGAGCGAAUUGUGGUGGCACUGAAAUUAACAAAUUUUUGUUCAGUUCAGUUGCAAGACCGACCGUCGGCGUUAGAAGAACGAGCAUUUGGGGAUUGAGGGUUAGGGAUUGAAUUGAAAUUUGAAUGCCAUUAAAACAUGGCUGAUUCCGAAAAGAAACAAGCAAGCACAAACAAAAAGGGUUUAAUGAUCUCUGGUUCUGAGGCGUGAGUGACUUCGAUGUGUUGGCCGAAAUGAAAAAGCCUCUUACUAUCUGAGACUGAGAUGUUUUUUGAUAAGAUGAACUAUAAACUAAAAAACAAAAAAUAUAUAUAUAUAUAUACAUUUUUUCACAAUCAUUGUUUAAUCUUCAUGUUUCGUAACAAAGCGUGUUAUAGAAAUCACUUCCAUAUUCAGUGAUCGAAUUUUAUUGCGUGAUAACCAGAAACAUCAGCUAAUUGUAAAUAAACUUCAUUUUUUCUGCAUAGUAAUUAACAAUGUAAUUGAUUGACCGGGCUGUGCGAAAACUAAACAGAUUAUAUAAGUAUACAAUUGAUUCUUCCCUAAUUUUUUCUAUUUUACGUAAGAUUUUCUCUUCGUUACGAAAAAAAAUAGUGAAAAAAUGUUUUCAAUAUAACAAUGCGUGUUUUUUGUAUUUUUUUGCUCCCAUUUUCGAACAUGCGAUGAGGAUAGAAAAUAUUCGUUAAUUGACCCAUCGAGUUUACAAUUCACGCGAGAUGACUUUUUAUUCGCCAAACGUAAAUCGUCGAGAGUCAAUGUACUUUCCCCACCUAUAUUUGAUUUGUAAUUUGUAGUUAUAGGAAAAAAAAUCAUUGUUAAGAUUUCUUCACGGCCGAAUAAUCAUUAGAUAUUUUCAGGCAACUACUCCAUAUCUACUGGUUUUGUAAGUCACAAAAAAGAUAAUUCAUUCAUGAGAAAAUCGUUUGAUACACUGGAAAUUGAAUUCUCACGUUGGAAUAGAUGUACCUUUUAAAUAUAUGAAAUACGACGAUA